AUGUUCAUUAAGGUCGCCAUCCUCUUCGCUGCUCUUGCAGCAGUCAAAGCCAGCGUUCUCCUCGGACAUGCGGCUCUGGUAAACACCGGAGUCAGUGCUAGAUCUCAAACCCAAGAUGCAUACGGCAACUACGCUUUCAGCUAUGACAUCAAGGACGGACUCGGUGCCACCAACUCCCGAUCUGAAGUAGGCGAUGCCCACGGAAACAAGAAGGGAUCCUACACCCUCGCUGACAUUGACGGAAGGGCCCGACGAGUCGACUACGUCGCUGAUGGACACGGAUUCCGAGCCGUUGUUAAGACCAACGAACCUGGAACCGCCGCCAGUGCUCCAGCUGCCGCCCUCAUCGCCAGCCCCUACGCCGGACCUGUCGCCCCAGUUGUCAACCACGUAGCCCCUGCUGCUGUCUUUGUUGGAGAUGCUGCCUCCUACGCUGCUCCAUUAGCUGUUGCCGCCCUAGCUGUCGCUGCUCCUGUUGCUUAUGGUGGCGUUCUCGGACAUGGAGCUGCCGUCGCCGCCCCUGUAGCUUAUGGUGGAGUGAUUGGACACGGUGCCUCUCUUGGUCUUGGCGCUCCUCUUGGAUUCGGAUAUGGUCUGGGAUAUGGUAAAGCUCUCAUCCAUUAA